AUGGCCCGGCUACUUCCUUCACUUCCAUCUACCGAUCCGAGCCCCGGAACUGAUCACUCUUAUCCGGGCCGGUUUUCUCCUCCCAAUACCUCUUCCAAUGGUGGGAUUAAUAUUGAUGAGGCGAUAGCUCGCCACUUGCGCCCACCUCCUUACCACAACCUGCCACGUCCCCCUCAUCUUCCCUUUCCUCCAGCUGUCUACUCCCCUAUGCACGGUGGUGUAGGCCAACGAGGUCGAGGCCGAGGCCGAGGCCGUGGCCGACUUCACCCUGCUCAGUUCAGGAUUCAAGGUCGAGCCAAUAGAGUUUUCCACCCCAAUGGACCAGCCAUUGGGGUUCCAUUUGGCUAUGGUCAUGGUCCUUCUCACCCUGCCAGUCCCAACCUGCCCGCUAAUGUUGCUAGAGAACCCAGCAACACUGCUUCGGUCGCCUCCAGCGAGAGCUUCAACACUGCCGAAGACUUCUUAACUCCGCAGAUUCGAGUUGCAUCUCCAACUCCCGCUGGUAUGUAUGACCCUGAUGACUACCAUCACUUGGCUCGUCACCAAGUCGAGUCUUUGUUGGAUCGACGCGCUGCACCCGAGCGGUUUGACCGCUACGAGUUUACUCCCCAACACUUCGACGAUUUCUACCAAUCUGCGACAACUGCCCUUGUCCACCACUUUACUCGUCACCCCGCGGCCAAUGCCAACGAGAGACAAGAUCGUGUUAGGUUGUUUCGCUUCAUCACCCGCCGAUGCCGUACCAUGACCCGUCGUGUCGUAUGA